AUGUCAGGGCAUGCGCCCACUGUCGCGCCAAGCGCACGCGUUGCCUGCGCGAACUCGCACAUUCGCCGUGUCGGCGCGUUGCAUCUACAAUGUCAAAUCGGCGAGGGUACUGUACCUGCGAAGGCUUCACGUCCAGCUGUGUCGAAGGGAGAGGAAAUCGACGUGGUUUCAGGAUUGUUCGCCGCGUCGCAAAAACCGCCCCCAUCUGACAACCUCGUCAGUUUUCAUAAUCGCAUAUUCCAGGAGAAGUUUCUAAGGUCUGAGCCGAUUCCGGCGGAUCAACCACCGCAUAUUCCCGAUGGACUGGGCGUGCGACCGCGGGUACUAGAUCAGAAGCGAGCCGAUGAGCUAGUAGAGAGGUUUCGUGCCAAGAAUAGCUAUUUUCCGUUUGUGACUGCUCCGGAGGACAUUGCGUCCCCAGAGCAUCGAUUUCUCUAUCUGGCGGUCCUAACAGUGGCUGCUACGGAGGAUAUGCCAUUGUUGCGAAGUCUCGAUGCUCGGUUUCGGGCUGUGUUGGCGGACAGGGUCGUUGUUGCGGGGGAGAAGAGCCUUGACUACCUCCAGGGGUUGCUUGUUUAUAUUGCCUGGUAUAACAUGAAUGUCCGUCCCACGAACUUGCAAAUCCAUCAGUAUCUGCACAUUGCUGUCUGCAUGGUGGCUGAGCUUCGAUAUAACGAUGAUGCUUUUUUAACCACUCAGAAUUCUUGUACCAUCAAUGAAAUCAAGAAUGCCUGUCUUGGAUGUUACUUUCUCUCGUCACUGAUGUCAACACAAAACCAACGACCCAAUAUUGCUGUUCUUCCGGAAACUCUCAAAUUAUACUUGUCUGAACUCGCUCAGUCGGACUCUCCACACACACUAAUCAUGUUGCGCUGUUUUCAAGUGCAGAUGAAUAUAGAGUCGACAUAUCGGGAUGAGAACCCAGUCCAUGACAUAUCCCUGGAUGGUUUUCUGGACACCCCUCCGAUCAAAACCGCAACCUUGUUCCUCGCUUUCUUCAAAGCAAGCAAUACCCCCUUCCGCCCAGAGCAAAGCAAUACGGCCGGCUUCCAGGCAAUUAUCACCACCGGAAACGAUUUCCUAACUUAUCUCAUAUCCCUUCCCAUGAACCAACUAUUCAAUUUCAGCGCCGUGGAAUGGUCUCGACUUAUAGUGGUUAUCCGCAACGUCUUAGAAGCCCUCUCAGCUGCCGCAGGCCAACCAGAGCUUAUUUCAAUCGCUCGGGUGAGCGCCCGAAAAAUAUCUACCCUGCUCGAAUGCCUCGCCAACCGCCUGGCGCAAGGAUCCAAGUCGGGUUGUAACCCUGGUGAGUUUCCGGAUAUGUUGUACCUCUUCAAAUCGGUCAUGGGUCUUCUGCUUCCUGUUGAAGCAAAAAUUGGAUUACCUGCCGAAGAUGAGCAGGAUCCAAGCCAAGCUGCACAUAUAGGCCCCCAAUUUAAGCCAGGACAGUGUCCUGCGAUGGUAGGUAUGCGAAAAACCGACUUCUGGAGUGCGUAUCAGAACAGCCUGGCUGAUGUGCCUUCGUAUGAUCUGGGGAUCGACUUUGGAGAUCUGUUUGGAGAUGGACCAGGGGUGGAACUGUCCCAAGAGGAGUGGAUUGAUGCUGCGAAUUGUUUGAACGGGUGA